AUGUAUACAUAUAUAUAUAUAUAUAUAUAUAUAUAUGACUUCUGUCGUCGCCUGCGUCUCGGUAUGCGCCUUGGACCAGCUGCAAAAAUCCUGAUUCAUAGGCUAUCCCCACCAACGUUCCGCCGCCUUUCUUUGGCCUUUCGUGGACUCAUGACAACAACGGUUGAUUCCGCCCCCACUGCUGCCGAGCCCAUGUUGGAGGUGAAAAAGGACCUCCGUUUAUUGGAGACGGGCCGACCAGUGCAGGGAUACUCCAACACGCCAGAGCUGCUGGCGAAACACCGAUCCGUAACGGGUGGUGCUCCGUACUUCCGGUUCCCUCCAGAGCCCAACGGAUUUCUUCACAUUGGACACGCUAAGAGCAUGAACCUGAACUUUGGCUGCGCCGUUUCUCAUAAAGGAAAGUGCUAUUUGCGUUACGACGACACGAACCCGGAGACGGAGGAGCAGCUUUACAUUGAUUCCAUCCACGAAAUGGUAAAGUGGAUGGGAUGGGAGCCAGAUUGGAUUACAUACUCUUCAGACUACUUCCAGCAACUUUAUGAAUUCGCCAUUCAGCUCAUUAAGGAUGGAAAGGCGUACGUGGAUCACAGCACCGCUGAUGAAAUGAAGAGGCAGCGUGAAAAUCGGGAAGAGAGCCCGUGGCGUAACCGACCGGUGGAAGAGAGUUUACGACUGUUUGAGCACAUGCGUCAGGGGCGCUAUGCGGAGGGCGAAGCGACACUCCGCGUAAAGAUUGAUAUGAAGAGCGACAACCCAAAUAUGAGGGACUUUGUUGCCUACCGUGUAAAGUAUAAUGAGCACCCACACGCCAAGGACAAGUGGUGCAUAUAUCCCAGCUACGAUUACACGCAUUGUUUAAUUGACAGUUUGGAGAACAUUGACUACAGCCUGUGCACCCUCGAGUUUGAGACCCGACGUGAGAGUUACUUUUGGUUGCUCGAGCAGCUGAACCUUUGGCGGCCUCACGUUUGGGAGUUCAGCCGCCUCAACGUCACCGGCUCGUUGCUUUCCAAACGCAAGAUUAACGUAUUGGUGAAGAAAGGUAUUGUACGUGGUUUUGAUGACCCAAGGUUGCUGACCCUUGCAGGGUUGCGUCGGAGGGGUUACACGCCAAGAGCUAUCAACCGUUUCUGUGAUCUUGUUGGUAUAACUCGUUCAAUGAAUGUGAUACAAAUUACCAUGCUCGAGCAUACCCUUCGUGAAGAUCUCGACGACUCAACGGAGCGGCGCCUGAUGAUUAUAGACCCCAUCAAGGUCGUGAUUGACAACUGGGACGGUGAGAUGGAGGCGGAGUGCCCCAACCAUCCACGCAAACCCGAGCUCGGAUCGCGUAAGGUAAUGUUUAAGAAAACCUUCUACAUUGACCGUAGCGACUUCCGUGUGGAGGAUAACGACAGCAAAUUCUAUGGGCUGGCGCCUGGACGUCGUGCUGUCGGCUUAAAGUACUCUGGCAACAUCAUGUGCACCCACUUUGAUUUCGAUGAAGCUGGUCAGCCAUCGCUUAUUCAUGUGGAAGUCGACUUCGAGCGUACGACGAAACCGAAGACGAACAUCAGUUGGGUUAGUGAGGCAGGAGCGGUUCCGGUGGAGUUCCGUCUUUACGACUACCUUCUGAGGGAUGACCGUGCAGCUGUCGACUCUGACUUCCUAAAGUACAUUAACGAAGAUAGCGAGAAAGUUGUCCACGGUUACGCCGAGGCAGCGAUAAGAGAAGCGAAGGUAUUUGAAUCUGUGCAAGCGGAGCGCUUCGGGUACUUUGUGGUGGAUCCCGAAACCCGACCAGAUCGCCUUGUAAUGAAUAGAGUGCUGACACUUAAAGAGGACAAGGAGAAAACGGCCAUUAGCCGCGGGAACACGGGGGUGAAGGGAAAGAAACAGUAA